AUGAAGUACGUUCUUGUAUCUGGAGGUGUCAUCAGCGGCGUCGGCAAGGGCAUUAUAGCCUCUUCUGCCGGGCUGCUGCUUAAGUCUAUGGGACUUAAGGUCUCCAGCAUCAAGAUCGACCCUUACAUCAACGUCGACGCAGGUCUUAUGAACCCUCGAGAACACGGCGAAGUCUACGUACUGGACGACGGUGGCGAGGUUGAUCUUGAUCUGGGCAACUACGAGCGAUACCUCGACAUUACCUUGACUCGACAGAACAACAUCACAUUGGGCAAGAUCUACGAAAAGGUCAUCUCGAAAGAGCGCAAGGGAGAAUACCUUGGCAAGACCGUACAGGUGGUCCCGCAUGUGACUGGCGAGAUUGAGCAAUGGAUCGAGAGAGUCGCCAAGGUGACAGUCGAUGAUACAGGUGAAGAGCCAGAUGUGUGCAUCGUCGAGCUUGGUGGCACAGUCGGAGAUAUCGAGAGCAUGGCUUUUGUUGAAGCGCUUUGCGAGCUACGCAGAAAUGCUGGCCGUGACAACUUCAUGCAGAUCCAUGUUUCCUACGUGCCAGUCGUGCACGGGGAGCAAAAGACCAAGCCUACUCAGAUGGCCAUCAAAGCGGUCCGCUCAGCAGGUCUUAUUCCGGACUUGAUCGCUUGCCGCUGCGAAUAUCCUCUGGAAUCUGGUGCAAUCGAGAAAAUUGCACGCUUCUGUAACGUGACGAACGAGAACGUCCUCGCAGUCCGCGACAUGCCAUCCACAUACCAAGUCCCGAUUCUGCUCCACGAGCAGAAAUUGGUACAGCUCAUGACUUCAGCGCUUCGCUUGGAUGUCCUCAAGCUACCACAGGAGCUUCGUCAAAAAGGAGUCAAGAUCUGGGAUACCUGGAAGCGACUGACGCUGGGACUUGAGCAUAUUCGUGAAGAGCUGGAGAUUGUGCUCGUUGGCAAAUACCUCGAUCAGCCUGACGCUUAUUGUUCAGUCAUCAAAUCUCUGGAGCAUGCCGCCAUGUUCUGCCGGAAGAAGUUGAGGGUGAAGAACGUCGAUGCGGAGCACUUGGAGAAACACACGAACAAGAAGGAUCCCGCAAAGUUCCACAAGGCUUGGCACGAUGUUUGUACAGCUUCCGGCAUCCUCGUACCGGGCGGUUUCGGCAGCAGAGGUACAGAAGGCAUGAUCGCAGCAGCGAACUGGGCGAGGGAGAACAAUACACCAUACCUUGGCAUUUGCUUGGGAAUGCAGAUCGCAGUGGUCGAAUUCGCUCGAUCCGUGUGCAAUGUGCCUCUACCUCAAGCAACGUCGUCUGAGUUUGACGGAGCGGACAGUGACAGAGUCAUCAUUGACAUGCCAGAGCAUCACCCAGGAGAUAUGGGCGCUACCAUGCGUCUUGGAAUCAAACCAACAUUCUGGCAGCCAGAUACAGAGUGGAGCAAGCUUCGCGCACUUUAUGGUUUGAAGAACGACAGCGUCGAUGAGCGACACCGUCAUCGAUAUGAGGUUAAUCCCGCCUACACCGCCCAACUUGAGCAGAACGGAUUGACGUUCAUCGGCAAGGAUUCGACAGGCGUCAGACAGGAAGUCAUCGAGCUCAAAGACCAUCCGUGGUUCGUUGGUGUCCAAUAUCAUCCGGAGUAUCUAUCUCGUGUCCUAAACCCUUCAAAGCCAUACCUUGGCUUCAUUGCGGCUAGCGCGGGUAUGCUCGACGAGGUUCUCCGGGGUGGCAGCCCUACUGGUCGCAUGUCACCAACAGCAGGGCUGUACGAGGACUCUUCACAUGGACUGACGAAUGGCGAUAAGACAUCAGCUUGA